GAGUGUAAAUUUGCAGAGCUUCAUGUGAAGGGGCUUCUAAUAGCCCGAUAAUUUAACUGUGAAGCUGACAUGAAACAUUCCAGCGCUCAUGCUCGGCCCAACCUUCCAUCGCGCUCGGAGGUCCCUUUCGAACCAUCCAACCGUCGCUGCAGUUUUCCCACCAACCGAUUUUCAAAAAUCAGCGGCAGAGGAAGAAGAAGAGCUUUACUCUCGCGAGAUCCACAAGUGCGCUCGAACCUCUGACCUGCGCAAUGGAAGAGCGAUUCACGCGCCACUCCUCAAAGGGUCGGUACCCUUUUCCCUCUUCCUCAAGAAUCAGAUGCUCAACGCGUACCUCAAGUGCGGCAGCCUCGAGAGCGGUCUCCGGCUGUUCGAAGAAAUGCCCGAGCGGAACGUGGUGUCCUGGUCGGCCCUCAUCACGGGUUUCGUGCAGCAGGGCCGUCCCGAGGGUGCCAUUUCCUUGUUUCGCCGCAUGAACCGCGAGGGGACUGCGAGGCCUAACGAGUUCACCCUCGUGAGCACGCUCCAUGCUUGUUCUUUGCUCAGGGAAUCAGGUUUGGCUCACCAAGUUUAUGCGCAAGUUGUGAGGUUGGGAUUCGAAUGGAAUGUGUAUUUGAUCAAUGCGUUUUCAACGGCCUUGAUAAGGAAUGGUCGAUUGUUGGAGGCUAUGGAAGUUUUCGAGAAGUGCCAGCUUAGGGAUAUUGUGUCUUGGAAUGCUAUCAUGGCAGGAUACUUGGAGUUGUCUUAUGCUGAAGUUCCUUGGUUUUGGGGCCGUAUGAUCCGUGAAGGAGAGGUGAAGCCUAAUCACUAUACCUUUUCGAGUGUUCUCACUGCAUUGGCCUCUCUUUCCGAUAUUGAAAUGGGAUUGCAGGUUCAUGCACAGCUUGUUAAGUGUGGCCAUGGAAGUGACAUUUGUGUGGGGAAUUCUUUGGUAGGUAUGUACGUGAAAAACCUUAGAUUAGAUGAAGGAUUUAGAGCUUUUGGAGAAAUGUGCUCGAGGAAUGUAUUGUCAUGGACCCAAAUGGCUGCUGGUUGUCUAUUGUGUGGAGAGCCGGGCAAAGCGCUUGAGGUCUUUGCAGAAAUGAGAAAAGCCGGGAUACUGCCAAACGAAUUUACUCUUUCUACUGCACUAAAUGCAUGUGCCAACAUUGCUUCUUUGGAAGAAGGGGUGAAAAUUCAUGGUGUUAGGAUUAAACUAGGGAGCGAUGUUGAUAUCUGUGCAGCAAAUGCACUGAUUGAUAUGUACAUGAAAUGUGGAUGCGUGGAUGCUGCACGAGGUGUUUUCCAAUCCAUGAGAGAGCAUUCAGUUGUGUCAUGGACAACGAUGAUUAUCGGAUGCGCACAAAAUGGUCAAGCUAGAGAGGCUCUAAAGUUCUUUGAUGAGAUGAUUGAAGAAGGAGCACAGCCAAAUGACAUCACCUUUGUUUGUGUUCUCGAUGCCUGUUCCCAGGGAGGGUUUGUCGAUGAAGGGUGGAAAUAUUUUUCCUCCAUGAGUCAGCAUCAUGGCAUUUCCCCUAGAGAAGAUCACUAUGCAUGUAUGGUUAAUCUACUUGGACGUAAUGGACAAAUUAAACAAGCCGAGGGAUUGAUUUUGAGCAUGCCAUUUCAACCAGGGGUGCUUAUCUGGCAGACGCUGCUUGGAGCUGCCCUCUUUCAUGGGGAUAUGGAAACUGCGAAGCGCGCUUCUGAUCAUGCAUUGAAAUUGGACCGAAAAGACCCUUCAACGUACGUGCUGCUAUCAAAUAUGUUUGCUGGUUUGAGGAACUGGGAUGGGGUUGGGAUGAUGAGAGAGCUAAUGGAGACUUCUGAUGUAAGGAAAUUGCCUGGGUCCAGUUGGAUCGUUCAGGAGAAAGGUGGACCGCCAGCUUUAGCUGAUGGCUAGAUGACAAUAAUGGUGAGGCUGAUGGUUGUAACUCCUAGUUGGUGUUUGACUGGGCUUAAAGCCCUGUUGAUGGAGCAUUACAGUAUUUAGCAGUGAAGCAACGUGAUGGCAUUGAAGGAAUGGUAAUUAUUUUAAUUAAGCAAGGAUAGUUCCAAGGAGAAAUUCUGAUUAUACUAAGACCAAUCUAUAGAUCAGUAUGCUAAGUGUUAUAAACUGUUACGAGAUAUUAAAUAUGACUUGUUUAAAGUCCCAUUAGUAGUCUGGCACAGCUAGUAAGCUAGUUUAAGAUACUAGUCUCAGUAUGCCUAUUGCUCCAGGUCCUAGAUGGUUGAGUUUUUACUGUCUUACUUCUCACCGUGAUGAUUAGUCUGAUCUUUGUGCCCAUUAUGAACACAUGGGUUUUCAACGUCAUGAUCAUUGCUCAGCACCAUGUUUAGGAAUUAGAGCAAGAUACUCCAUGACAAGCAUCUCUUUGCAAGUAUGUUUCACUGUGCAAAAUCUGGUUUGUAUUUCUGCAGUUGACAUGGGAUUUUGUCAAUAUCAUCUACAAGUGGCCUCUCAGAAGAUACCAAAACAGUGCAAGGAAGGAACGGAAAGAAUCACCAGCAGGUGUUUGAAGGAGAAGAUUGCUAGGAUGAUGCUAGUGCUGUUGCGAAGACAAGCAGUUCGCCGAUGUUAUUUCAGUGGAUUGAAGUUUACUUGAUUAAUUUGCUGAAAGACACUUGCAGAUAUGAGCAAUUGGGUACACUCAGGAGAAACAAUUACCAAGUGAAAUGGGCAUAAGUCGGCUGGACUUGAGAUGGGAGGCAGAGGAGCGUAAAA